AUGCUCAAGUCUAGCCAAAAAUACAUUUGUGAACAGCUUACAAUAAUUACAAAUAAGUCGCUAGUUGAGGGUAUUGUUCCAAAGGACAUAAAAACUGGAAGAAUUGUGCCAGCAUUUAAGACUGGUGUGAAAAAUGUUCUUGACAACUAUAGACCAAUAUGUAUUACUCCUGUGUUAUCUAAAAAUGGAAAGAAUUCAACUGGUUCGAGCGUAUCUAAAAAAUCGUUCUUAAUUCAUCAAAUUGAUGACCUUGAAAGCAGAAGGUACCUUAACAUUCAUUCUUCAGCCGUUUUAGCAAAAAGAUGUGACGUACAUUCAGUAAAUACGAGAUAUAAAGAUUUGUUACAUGUAAACAGAAAAAAUACCUCGCAGUUUGGAACAUCAACUUCUAUGUAUAUUGCCAUAAAACUAUAUAACGAGCUUAAUGAUUACUUAAAACAACUCGAUGCAUAUAAAUUAAAAAAAGAGUUAAUCAACAAAACACUACAGAGUUACAGUUUGACACCAUAA